CAGGAAGGAAGGCAGCGCGCCAGAGCGCCCUCUGCAGGGCCCCGCCCUCCGCCGCUAUUGGCUGCAGGUAACCGAGCCGCAGUUCCUUGUCCCUCAGAUCCUGGUAGCAGUGACUGGCAGCGUCUAGUGUGUGCCCUCUCCUGAGUCCAGGCAUUUGUGGAUGUCCCUUUCAGUGGAUAGUAUUUCCCAAUGGCACCAGAGACUCCAGAGCAGAUUAUUACGUCCCCGGCGCCUGCCGUCUCCUCUUGUGACAGUGAUUCCGGCUGUGCCUUGGAAGAGUAUCUUGACCUUAAGCCCCAUUCCAGUUCUCUAAAACACAUGUUACCUAACACUGACACAGAAGAAAUCAAGUUUGUACAGACUCUGCUUCAGUUGCUGCCGCCACAAGACUGUGAUGAAAGGUUCUGUACUGCUCUGGGAGAGUUUGAAAGAAGGGAACUUCAGAAAUUCAGUGCACAUCGGAGAGUCCACUCCAUGAGAAACGGGGCCAUUGUGCAUGUCACUGCAGACACGUCUGACUUUUGUAUGAGGUGUGGUGGCAAGAUUCUUAUGGGUGACACCGCUGUGUGUACAGAAAGAUUUGAAGAUGAGAAUCUUCGCUGGCAUCUUAAAUGUUUUGUCUGUGAAACAUGCCACCUUCCCUUGUCCCAGUUUAUAUACUUUCUACAGGACCGCAGAAUUUAUUGUGGCCGUCAUCAUGCAGAGCUUUCUAGAGCACGUUGUGCAGCUUGUGACCAGCUGAUUAUGUCCGAGAGAUGUACUAUAGCUGAAGGACUCUGCUGGCAUGUGGAACACUUCUGCUGCUGGGAGUGUGAGAUGGUGUUAGGAGGAAGUCGUUAUGUUAUGAAAGGUGGAAGACCUUUCUGCAGUGGCUGUUUUCAGCGUCUUCAUGCUGAAAGUUGUGAGGCCUGUGGUGAAGCUAUUGAUCCUGAUGGAGAACUUGUGAUGUUAAAAGGGCAAUACUGGCACACGCUGCCCUCCUGUUUCUGCUGCUCCAGUUGUAGGACACCUCUCCGUAGGUUAGAAUUUAUGAUUCAUGAUGAUCACCCCUAUUGCUCCCAACACUGUUUGUCAUCUGGCCCUGGGAUGCACCAUCCUUCCAAGUGCCACAGCAAUAUGACAAGAGCUUCAUCUGAAAACUACAGCCAUCACACACAUUGCACUCCCUGGAACAAGACGAUAGUGGGCUCAAACAGCAAACAAAUAAUGUCCUCACUGUAUGAAACAUGUUCCGUCUCAAGGUGCCAAGAAGUGCUCCCAAGACUAUGUUUAGACACAGGGAGGGAGCUAAGUGAAUCUUGGCUGCCAGAACACAACCAGAUCGUGGAAGGUGUGGAGGACACUUCAUGCUCAUCAUCAGACUCUGAGCCAGAAGGAUUUUUCCUUGGCAGGCCUAUCCCAAAUUACUCACUCAGUAGGGGAACAAAUUCAGUAGUCCAUGGAGAAAGCAAUUCCAUAAAAAGACGUCACAGAGUAAAGAGCUGCAAAGUGUCCUAGUGACCUAAUUUUUGGGACAUUGUCUAUUACUAUUACACAUACAAUCUAUUUUGCAGCUAGAAGUAACUACCAGAAACAUUGUACAAUAUACUAAAUGUCCAAAUUUGCAGAAAGCAAUGUAUGAUUUCUCAUGAUUUUCAUUUAAUUCUGAACAAAGGUGAAAGUGGCUGAUGUUUUCCUUCACUGCUAAUAAAAAAAAUCUUUGUUUUAUACAUUA